AAUACGGCAAUCAUGCAGUCGUACAUCCUGACUGGCUUUGCGUUCUUUUGCGUCGUUACUGGUCUUUCAAUACCAGAGAAUACUGGAAAUGAAGUUCAAUUUAAACCGGAGGAUAUACAACUUUUGAGCGAAUUACAUGUUUUCGAUGAUGAUCUUAAUUUGGUAUCCCUUGCAUCGAAAAUGUCUCUCGAGGACGAAGACGAAGAAUCGGAAGAAGAAACUUUAAAGGAUUUGCAUAAUCGCGUUUUUUUCUAUCUUUACACUAGGAAUAAUUAUAAACAUCCCGAUGGAAUUUCCAUUAACAAUCAGGAAUCACUGAAGAAAAGUGACAUCAAUUUCGAUAGACCAACUCGUAUAAUUACUCAUGGAUGGAUAAAUUCUCGUAAUAGCAGGGCAUGCACAUUGGUUCGAGAUGCAUAUUUAAAUCAUGACGAUUACAACAUUAUUGUAAUCGAUUGGAGCAAGAUCUCUGCUAGGGGAUAUGUCUGGGCUAGUAACCGUGUGAAGAUGGUUGGUCAAUAUGUCGCCACUAUGUUGGAUUUUCUUGAAAAAGAAGGUUUGAAUUUGUCAACGACUACUCUUAUUGGUCACUCUCUUGGAGCUCACGUAGUUGGCUUGGCUGCUUAUUAUGCAAAGAACACUGUUAAUAGUGUCAUUGGUUUGGACCCGGCACUACCAGGGUUCACUUCAGCUAAUCCAGGCUCUCGUAUCUCACAAAGUGAUGCUGAUUAUGUCGAGAUUAUUCACACAAAUGGAGGUUUACUUGGUUAUUUGAGGCCCAUUGGAGAUGCUGAUUUCUUUCCAAACGGGGGUAUGAGACAAGCAGGCUGCAUAAUUGACGUAAUUGGCGCAUGUUCGCAUUCACGUGCUUUUGAAUUUUUUGCCGAAUCAAUCAACAGCAAAAUAGGAUUUCAUGCGAAGGAAUGUGAUUCCUACUUUAACUACAAACUUGGAAUUUGUAACACAAAACUAUCGACGAUCAUGGGAGAACAUAAGAAAUUUUUGAAAACAAGAGGAAAGUUUUUCCUUGAUACUCGUUCGUCUCCACCAUACGCUAUAGGUGAAAUAUUCAAACCGUAAAAUUAUCAUCUUAUUACACGAUUGAAAUUUUUUAUCGACUCUUAAAUAAUAAGAACAUUUAAUUUAUUGAGAAAAAGUAGAAAGAAUGACACGAGGUUGUUCGAAAAAAAUUCAUUAUUCUAGUUGGCAGAAUAUCUAAUUCUACAUUAAAAGUAAUUAGGAUAGAUCGAAAAUAAGAAAAUAAGAUUUACCAAAGAAAAAGAAUAAUCUAAAAAAUGAUUUAUCGAAAUAUUUUAUAAUUUUUUGUUAAGAAAAAAUCGUGUAUGUUUAGGUCAAAUUGUUUUUCAGUGAUUAGUGCAUAUUUUUGCUUAUUGUCGAUGAUUAUAAUCCAUAUCGUGUUGUCGUGUUACCACGUCAUCUUGUUUAUAUGAUUUAUUUGCAUUAUUAAUUAUCUUCGGAGGAUAUAUCAAACGAAUGAGAGAUUUAUAACGUAACGUGAAGCUAACGAUUGAAAAAAAUGCAACUUCGAUAAGAAUUUUUUAAUUUAAUAGGUGUAUUUCCUAUGUGGUACGAUAAAAAUCUCUGUUUCUUAAUAAUUUAUUUAGUAGAAUACAUCUCGAUUAAUAUCAGUGAAAAUUGGAUACAAAUAUCGCACUGAUAUUCGUUUAUUUUGUGUUUUAUAAAUUUGUGAUAAAUCAAUGAUAAUGGAAAAUUCUUUGUUUCGCGUUACGAUUUAAUGUGACACUAGUUAAUAAGAUUCGUAUUUUGUAUAUAUAGGAGCAUCGUUGUACAAAUAAAAUUUAUAUUUUUUUU